AUGAGUUCUCACCAGCAGAAGCAGCUCUGCAUCCCUCUCACCCAGCCUCAGCAGCAGCAGGAGAAACAGCGAUGCCAGCCUCCACCUCAAGAGCUGUGUGCCCCCAAAAGCAAGGAACCAUGCUACCCCAAAGUUCCUGAGCCCUGCCAUGCCAAGGAUCCUAAGCCCUGCCCCCUCAAGGUUCCUGAGCCAUGUCCCUCAAUAGUCACUCUAGUGCCAUCUCAAGCAGAAGUAAUGAAGUUCACAGUCAAGCAAGCCCUUGGGGAGCCAACCACCAGAUGCUGA